AUGACAAAAGGCACCCUAAGCGACACCUUGGUCAACAUGUUGGGCGAGUUUGUUGGUCUCAACAAAUCCCCAGACUUUAAACUGAGUCGACAAUCGAGUGAACUGAUUGAAGAAGCUAAAAAAGAUGAGGUUCAUAAGAAGAAGUUGGCACAGGCUCACGAAUUCGACCUUCUUGAUGUAAGUUUUUGCAUAAAAUACGAGGUUUUUUGGGGGAAAAAUGUAAAAAUCACGAUAUUUAGUCGCCUAGUGGAAAGAAAGUUCUUGCGGUUUUUAAAAAAACGUUUUUUUUGUUUGGUUUGAUUGUUUUUUACGUUAUUCAGGUUUUUUUGGUAUUUAAAGGCAGUUUGAAGUCGUGCAGGCUGCGGGUGACAUAUUAUACGAUAAAACAGGCCCGAUUAACAAAAUUUUAAAAUUCAAUUUGAUGAUUAUUUUUUAUUACAUUGACUUUGACUUUAUGCAUUUUUACAUUUUUUUCGUUUACAAAUAGCCUUUUUAUGCUAUGCAGGCUGCGGGCGACAUGUUAUACGAUGAAACAUGUCCUGACCAAAAUAAAUUUAAAAUUUAGUUUUUUGUGGACAAAGAACUUACUAUCAAGCCUAAAAACGACUUUUUUAUUUCAAUUUUAUAUAUCAACUUUUUAAAAUUUAAAAAAAUUGAUAUUACGUUAGCUUACAUUACCCCUACCAUUUCCAGACUCUCGAAGCCGAGCAACCAGUGCAUAUUCGCUCAAUUUUGGCCGAAUUUGACACAGCCACGCCAACACCACGCAACCGUCAACACGAACGCUUCUAUUCGCUGCCAAUCCAGUCCAAACAGAAACGGUCGGUUUUGGAUCGACUGAAGAGAAGUAGCCGAAAGUCAAAAGAUUCAUAUGAAGUCGCUAAACAUCAACGUGGAAUCUCGGAAAGCUCAUGUGACAGUGGUUUUGAAAGGUGUGAAUCGGCGGAUUCGAGCUUUGAAACCGUACGAUGCUACCAGGUGGAGGGGGUUUGUCCUGUGGAGGUUAGAUCAACAUAA